GCAGGGAACAGCCCGUCCCUCCGGAGCAGCGUCUGCCCGCUGCCCGUCGGGCGGGGACGUGCCGGGGGCACCGUGAGAUGCCGCUGGGACGAGCCCGUAGCGCAGGAAGAUGAAGAAGGGUUAUGUGGUGGUCGGGGUCCUGACUGCGGCCCUGCUGGGCCUCAUCUUGUUCCUGGGCCUCUUCCUGGGGCUGCGCUCGGCCUCGGGGGACACUCACACCUACAAGAGGGCGGCCGUGGCUACGGACGCGGGGCCGUGCUCCGUCAUUGGAAGGGACAUCCUUCAGCAAGGUGGAUCUGCAGUGGAUGCUGCGAUUGCAGCUCUGCUUUGUGUAGGACUCAUGAAUGCUCACAGCACGGGCAUUGGAGGAGGCUUCUUCUUUACUAUCUACAGCAGCACAGGAAAAGUGGAAAUCAUUAAUGCAAGAGAGGUGGCUCCAAAAGGUGCGUCAGAGGACAUGUUUGGGAACAACACACAGCUCUCUCUGAAAGGAGGCUUGUCCAUCGCUGUUCCAGGAGAAAUCCGUGGGUAUGAGCUGGCUCACAAACGCCAUGGCAAGCUGGCAUGGAAAGACCUGUUUCUGCCCAGCAUCAAGUUGGCAAGAGAAGGAUUUGCCAUUGGGAAAGGCCUUGCAGCAGCCAUCAAAUCAAAACAGGAGUCAAUUGAAAGUAAUCCCUCACUGUGUGAAGUGUUCUGCAAAGGAGGGAAAAUUGUGCGUGAGGGUGAUGUCAUCAAGAUGCCCAAACUGGCCAACACGUAUGAGACUAUAGCCAGGGAAGGGGCAGAUGCCUUUUACACAGGAAGCCUGGCACAACAGAUCAUCAAUGACAUCCGCAGUGCAGGAGGCAUUGUAACGUUGGAUGACCUGCGGGACUACAACGCCACGGUGAUCGAGGACCCCAUCCAGGUCCCGCUGGGGGAGUUCACGCUCUACACGCCUGGCCCCCCCCUGAGCGGGCCAGUGCUCGCCCUCAUCUUCAACAUCCUGAAAGGGUAUAAUUUCUCUGCUGAUAGCGUUCAAACCAUGGAGCAGAAAGGUCUGACUUACCACCGCAUCGUGGAGGCCUUUCGCUUUGCCUAUGCCAAGAGGACUCUGCUGGGAGAUCCCAAGUUUGUCAAUGUUACAGAGGCCAUCAGGAACAUGACGUCUGAGUUCUUUGCGGAGAGUCUCCGGAGGAAGAUCACAGACAACACCUCCCACCCUGUUGACUACUAUGAGCCGGUGUAUUACACAGGAGACAGCGCGGGUACAUCCCACCUCUCCGUGGUGGCUGACGACGGCAGCGCUGUGUCCGCCACCAGCACCAUCAACCAAUAUUUUGGCUCUGACGUACGAUCCAACGUGAGUGGAAUCAUAUUUAAUGAUGAGAUGGAUGACUUCAGCUCACCUUACAUAAUCAAUGGAUUUGGGAUCCCCCCUUCUCCAGCAAACUUCAUAAAACCAGGUAAACAGCCAAUGUCCUCGAUGUGCCCGUCCAUCUUGGUGGAUAAAACAAACAAGGUCAGGAUGGUGGUUGGUGCUUCUGGAGGAACAAAAAUAACUACAGCAACAGCACUGACAAUCAUCAAUUCCAUCUGGUUUGGUUAUGAUGUGAAGGCAGCAGUGGAGGAGCCCAGAGUUCAUGAUCAGCUGUUCCCCAAUAUCACGGAGCUUGAGCAGCAAAUAGAGGAGGGCAUAGAGGAGCAGCUACGGAAGAGAAAGCACGACACGACGUGGGUGAGCAGCGGCGCGGUGGUACAGGCCAUCCUCAGAACAGAGCAGGGCUGGGCUGCAGCCUCCGACUCCCGGAAAGGCGGCGUCCCUGCAGGCUACUGACGUGGCUUGGCUCCUUUUUUCAGUGGUCCAGUGACAAUGAGGUGUGUUUGGGGGGAAGAUCCUUCAGGUCUGCAACUCAGGGACUUCUCACAGGAAAGAGCACAAAUUUACCUGUGGUUCUAUUGACAGAGCUGGGACAGUUCUCACAGCCAUGACCGCAGUGCCUCACACCACAGCAGCCUGCUCAGGCAGGCAUGUGUACCAGGAAGUGCAGUACCUACUUGAAGAGUCUGUUCUGCCUUGAAGAGUUUGUUCCCUGCCUUCUCUCCACCCCACAAGGACAGUUUAGGUACCCAGAGUUUUCUGGAGGAGGUCCAGCACACGCAAGCUGCAGAAAGUGUUUCCCCUGCAUCGUGUCAGCUGCCAAUGUCCCUGUCACUGCAAGAGAAGAGAUUUGUUUCCUGUUGAGUAGGUGGGAGAUACAGGACUCUGGGGACUGGGUUUUCUAAAUUACAGACUAAUAGAUCUGUGCCAUAACAAGAAGCCCAGAUCUAGGCUGGGAUAAUCCUUCACAAUCUCACCACUCUUUGUUUUAACAAAAGAUGUUUCUGCUUUUCACUUCAGUUGAUUAUUGGAGAUGAGUGGGGAAAUGGGGAAAUGGCUUCAAACUUUUUGAUGUUUCUGUUGAGAAGGUCUAAAGGGAAGAUGCUACCUGUAAAACUCUGAGCACAACUAAAAUAAAUAAAUAUGGAGUCACA